CAACAACUCCUUUUGUUAUUUUUUACUUUAAGAUGUUGUUUAAGCCAUACAAACACAACAUAUCUAAACAUUGCUUGUACUUAAUAACUACAAUCCCCACAAACCACCGGGCCGGUUACGUCUUUGAGUGCGUGCCCUCGUAGGGCAGCAGACACUACUGCACUGUGAGAUCGUGAAGCCGGCCUCGGCCUAGGCGUUGGUUAGAGUGUGUGUUGCAGGGUGAUUCAGGAUGGUGGACCAGCCUCUGUGGGAGCAGAUAGGAUCCAGCUUUGUGCAGCACUACUACCAGAUGUUCGACUCUGACAGAUCACAACUUGGAUCCAUAUAUAUUGAUGCGUCAUGUCUCACAUGGGAAGGACAGCAGUUCCAGGGAAAAAGAGCAAUUGUUGAGAAACUCGCUAGUCUACCCUUCACAAAAAUAGCGCAUAGUAUAACAGCACAGGACCACCAGCCAACUCCAGACUGCUGCAUCUUGAGUAUGGUUGUAGGGCAGCUAAAAGCAGAUGACGACCCCAUCAUGGGUUUCCAUCAGAGUUUCAUCCUGAAGAACAUUAAUGAUGCAUGGGUGUGCACCAAUGACAUGUUCAGGCUGGCCAUUCAUAACUUUGGCUAACCCCCCUCCCCACUCUGGUGGACAGGGGCGGCCAUAGUGAAGGGCACCAUGCGAUGAAGUAUGGAGGGAGGGGAAAUAGGAGUUGAGGAUGGAGAGAAGAGAGAGAACUCAUCCCUCCCUCCUGCUGUCUCAUUUACGUCUGCUUGACAAACAAGCAAACACCGGAUUCUAGAUGUCAAUCACUGAACCUCAUCCAGGUGGGUUUUCAGACCACCCCAGCCAGUAGAACUGCGAUGCGUUUUCUUUGCUGAGAGCCGGCCGACCAAUCAGAUGCCCCUGUCUGCCACUCCGCUGAUCUGCAUGACGCUGGGAGUCCCCCAUUACAAUAUCUACACUCAAGCCACCAGAAAGACAAACCGCUGACCGAUGCCAUUAACUCAUGCUCUGCCCCGCCUUCUUUACUUAAUUCUAACCAUUCUACUUCACUGUUGACUCCACUACAGUUAACUCAGUUCUUAGCACUGUUGUUGACUGGUUUGUAGAUCCAUGUUCAGAGUUGGCUUUCAGUUCUGACUUCUUGUGUUAUAAGUUGUUUUUAGAUGCCACUUGUGUGUUACCUAAAGUGUGUUUAACUGAGUUUUAUCUUCCUUUACACAAUUGUUAACUUUGUCGUGUUUCUUUCUCAUGCCAGGUUUUGCUCUUGCAAACCAAAGAAUCAUGGACAUAAAGUUUGACCAUACUGUGU